AUGGACACGCAGCCAAAUGCGUUUUUUUUUACAUUUUCUUUCGAUCUUAACCUUUCGCUUUCGUUUUCUCUCUCUCUCUCUCUCUCUCUCUCUCUCUUUUCUCUCUCUCUUUCCUCUCUCGAUUCUUUCUUUCUCUCUUUCCGCCAAUCUUUCUUGUUUCAGCAGACUUUCUUUCUUUCCUUCUUUCUUUCUUUCUUUCUUUCUUUCUUUUUUGCUGUUCUGUUGUAUUUCUUUCUUUACGUUGUCUUUCUCACUUGCUUUCCCUCAUUAUCUCUAUCUUUUUCUUUCUUUUUUACUCUUUCUCUUAUACUUCUCUCACACUUUCAUAAUUCUUUUUUAUUAUUUUUCUAUUCUUUUUAUUUAAUUUUUAUCUCCACCUCGCUUUUUCGCAUAUCAUCUCUCUCUCUCUCUCUCUCUCUCUCUCUCUCUCUCUCUCUCUCUCUUACUGCUUUUCUUUUUUUUUCUUUUCUAGCUCUUCCCUUCACACCAUUUCUCUCUUCCUUCUUUUUCUGGUCCACUCUUUUCUUUUCAAUUCAUUUCUCUAUCCUCUUCAUGCACUACUUGUUUCGUCUUUCUUUAUCUCUUUCUUUCAUUCCGCCUCACCCUCUCUCUCUCUCUCUCUUUCUCUUUGUCUCGCUUACUUUCUUUCUAGCUUUCUUUCUUUCAGUCUUUUUUUUUCUUUGCCUUUCUGUUUCUUUUAAUCUAUCUCUUUCUUUCACUCUUUUUCUGCCACACUUUCGCCUUCAAACACGCAGUCUUCUUUCUCUCUCUCUUUCUUUUUUUCUUUCUUUCUUUCUUUCUUUUUCUGUCUCUCUGUCUCUGUGUGUGUCUCUCUCUCUCCAUUUCUCUUUUACUCUCUCACUAUCUUUCUCUCUCACUUUCUCUCUCUCUCUCUCUCCCCUUUUCUCUCUCUCAAUAUCUCUUUCUUUCUACGUCUUUCACUAUUUCUUUUUUCUCUGUUAUGUUUUACGUCAUUUCUCUCUCUCCUCCCACCGCAUUCAUAUCUCUUUGCUUUCUAUGAAUCGUUUCUUUACAUUGUCUUUCUCACUUGCUUUCUUUUCCUUCUUUCUUUCUUUACGUUGUCUUUCUCACUUGCUUUCUUUUCCUUCUUUCUUUCUUUCUUUCUUUCUCUCUUUCUUUCUUUACGUUGUCUUUCUCACUUGCUUUCUUUUCCUUCUUUCUUUCUUUCUUUCUUUCUUUCUUUCCUCCUUUCUUUCUUUCAUGGUCUUUCUCGCUUUCUUUCUUUCCUUCUUUCUUUCUUUCUUUCUUUUCCUCUUUCUUUCUUUCUUUCUUUCUUUUCUUUUCCUUCUUUCUUUCUUUCUUUUCUUUCUUUCUUUCUUUCUUUCUUUACAUUGUCUUUCUCACUUGCUUUCUUUCUUUCUUUCUCUCUUUCUUUCUUUACGUUGUCUUUCUCACUUGCUUUCUUUUCCUUCUUUCUUUCUUUCUUUCUUUUCCUCCUUUCUUUCUUUCAUGGUCUUUCUCGCUUUCUUUUCCUUCUUUCUUUCUUUCUUUCUUUCUUUCUUUUUUCUUUCUUUUCUUUCUUUCUUUCUUUACAUUGUCUUUCUCACUUGCUUUCUUUUCCUUCCUUUUUCUUUCUUUUUUCUUUCUUUUCCUUCUUUCUUUCUUUCUUUCUUUCUUUCUUUCUUUCUUUCUUUCCAUUUCUGUUCAUUAUCUAUCUAUCUAUCUAUCUAUCUACCUAUCUAUUAUUUCUUAGUCUUUUCAGUUCUUUCUUUCUUUCUUUCUUUCUUUUCAUAUCUCAUACCACCAUAA